GGCAUUUGCAAAACCCUUGUUCUUGCGCGAUGGAGCGCUCGUUGUGGUGGCUAUGGCGGGCAUUCUGGGAAUGGAGGGAUUCUCUAUAGCAGCAUACAGUGAUAGUGGUGGAAAUCGAGUGACUUAGAGCGGAGAUUUCUCGUUUCUAGAGGAGCUAGCGUCGUGAAACGAAGGGAUGACUGGAGCGUUUUCAGUGGAAGUCCUGUCCGAGAAGCUUAUCAAGCUAAACGCUUCGCAGCAAAGUAUUGAAACUCUGUCACACUGGUGCAUCUAUCAUCGCAAGCGAGCAAAGCAGAUCGCCAAGACCUGGGAGAAGGAGUUUUUCUCGGCACCGAAAGAGAAGCGCGUCUCGUUUCUGUAUCUCGCGAACGACAUCAUACAGAACAGCCGGAGGAAAGGAUCGGAGUUUGUGUCGGAGUUUUGGAAGGUGUUGAACGGGGCUCUCAAGGACGUGAAAGCAAAUGGAGACGAGAAUGGCCGCACCGCAGUCUCUCGACUUGUAAACAUAUGGGAGGAAAGAAAAGUCUUUGGCUCUCGUGCACAAAGCCUCAAAGAGACUCUGCUGGGAAAUAAUCCAGUUCCGGACUUCGAGAUCCCGGAUAAAGAAAAGGAGAAAGGGAAGGACAAACCAACCACUUCUUCGAGUUUUAUAAAGAUCAAACUAGACGGUAGCAUCCUUGAGAAGGUGGCCAAAGCAUUCCAGGAUGUAAACGACGGUCUCUCUAAUGAAGAAGCCACGAUCGAAGAAUGUAACUCUAUUAAACGGCGAAUAGAAGCGUUAGGCAAGGAGGCUGCCAGCCACGGCCAGGAAAAUGAAAAUUCCACUGUGCGCGAUGAGCUGCAACAGCAGCGAGGAAAUCUCUCGCAGCUGGUCGAGCAGCUCGAAACCAUCGAAAGGAGUCGGUCUAAACUUGUAACUUACUUAAGGGAAGCUCUUGAAGACCAGGAGAGAAAGUUGGAGCUCGUUAGAUGCCAGAUAGAGGAAUUUUCUUCUCCAGCCAAGCCGGUGACGAGAACACAAGCUCUCCCAUCCGUGACACCGAGCCCGCUUCCUCCAGUCGUCCAAAGCAUGGCUUCCAUAGACGACGGAAGCAAGAAAGUCAAGGAAACUCCCACAGCGGCGGAGGUUGCAGCCAAACUCGCUGCCUCGUCGUCCUCGGCAGCCAUGCUCUCGUCAAUUUUCUCGUCACUGACACCGGAAGAAUUCGGCUUCCAGCCGGACAACAAGAGGCCCAAGCUCGUCGACUCGAGCAGCGGCGGCGGCACGAAUCAAGGCCUCGCACAGCAGUUUAUCCAUCCAGCGUUUUCGCAAGCGCCACCUCCGCAAGCUCAAGCUUUCCACUCGCAAGCACCGCCGCAACCGCAAGCUCAAGUUCUUCACUCGCAAGCGCCGCCGCCACCACAAGCUCAAGUUCUUCACUCGAGUUUCCAGCCACAGCACUCACAGUUCUUGAGCACCGCUAACUUGAGAAUGCCGUAUCCAUAUCCAGGGAUGGGACAACCUCCGCCGCCGCCACCGCCGCCACAGCAGCCGCCGCCUCAACUCCCGCCGCUCCCGCCAGGCCCUCCGCUACCACCGGUCUGUGCUCCAGCGCCGUCGUAUCACUCGCUUCAAAUCCCUCCAGGAAUUAACUUCUAUCCUCCAGCGCCUCAAGUUCCUCGCUAGAAAAACUUCUGUGCUUUCUGUUGUUAACUAAAAUGUGUAUUUUUGUACUACCAAACUCUUGAAGGUGAGAAUUGUUAGUGAUAAAUAUCUCGCUGCUUCAAGUUUUUUUAUUAUCAAAAUGCAUGUUUAUUUAUAAAUAUAAAUAUAUGAAUUAAAUAGAAAUAAAAA